AUGGGUCUCGCCUCCAAACUCGCAGCUUCCAACCAGGCCGGUGUUGGCGCCGGCGGUGCCUCCGGCGCUCCCGCCUUCCAGCAGCAACCUCAACAAGCCCAGCAACAAUCUUACGGCCAGCCUCAACAGCAGUCUUAUGGCCAGCCACAACAGCAGCAGCAGUACGGAACCUCUUCUCCUGCUCCCGGUGCCAACCAAUACGCUUCUCCCUCAGGCGCCCCUCCGUCUCAAUACGGCCAGCAACAGGGCCAGUAUGGCCAACAGUCCCAGUACGGCCAGCAGGGUCAGCAAGGACAGUACUCUGCUCCCCCUGGUGCUCCCCCUGUUCCCGGUAGCAGGCCUGGCGCUGCUCCCGGCCAGACCCAGUUCCCCAGCGCCUCCGGCACUCCCUCUCAGUACGGCCAGCAGCAAGGUCAAUAUGGCCAGCAACCCCAGUAUGGUCAACAGCAGGGACAGUACGGCCAACAAGGUCAAUACGGGCAGCAGGGACAGCAAGGGCAGUACGGCCAGCAGGGGCAACAAGGUCAGUAUGGCCAGCAGUCUCAGUACGGCCAGCAGGGGCAAUAUGGUGCCCAGCCUGGUCAGCAUUUGCCUUCUCAGCAGUAUGGUCAGAACCCUCCUGCUUACGGUGCUCCAGGCGUCGGUGCUGCUCAGCCUCCUGCCCAGGGCGGAAACAACCAGAACCCCCAGUACUUGCUGUCCCUCUUGCAGCAAUGUGUUGUUGACCAAAAUAUUCAAGCCUUCUACCCUCCCGGAUCUCUCGAGCCCAUCGCGAACCGCGUCGCUCAAUCUGGUGCGCUGAACAAGAUUGCCACCGAGUGGAAGAUCCCCACCGAGCUCGCUGCGGACCUCGUCAAGCUUUCCUUGUUCGACGUCAUCCUCUACAUUGAUGACUCUGGGUCCAUGGCUUUCGAGGGCGGCGGUGAGCGAAUCGAUGACCUCAAGCUCGUCAUGUCUCGUGUCGCCUUUGCCACUUCUCUCUUUGACCAUGACGGUAUCCAGGUCCGCAUGAUGAACAGCAGGGUUGAGGGUAACGGGAUCAAGAGCGAGCCCGAUGCGUUGAGGUUGAUUGACCAGAUCAAGUUCUCUGGUUUGACUCCCUUGGGUACCGGUCUGUGGCAAAAGAUUCUCCAGCCUCUUGUUCUCGGCCCUGCCCAGCAGAACAGGCUUGAGAAGCCUGUGGUUGUUAUUACCAUCACCGACGGUACCCCUGCCGGUGAACCCAAGGACGAAAUCUUCAACGUGAUCCUUCGUACCGACCAAGAGCUCAAGCGUACUCGAUACGGCCCUGACGCCAUCUCUUACCAAUUCGCUCAGGUUGGCGACGACCUCAAGGCCCAGGCCUUCCUUGAACAACUCGAUGUCCACCCCGUCGUUGGCGGCCUCGUCGACUGUACCUCAAACUUUGAGGCCGAGCAGGCUGAGAUGUUGAGGAAGAGCGGCAUCAACCUUGACCCUAGCAUGUGGAUCGUCAAGCUUCUGAUGGGUCCUAUCGACUCAAGUUACGACACCAAGGGUGAGUUUGCCUUUCGUUUCUCGUCUGCGGGGGAGGAGGAGGAGGUUCCAUUCGAGCACAGCUCCACCCGUGAGGGUUAUCAUCAUCUUUCGUCAUCCCUGGCCUUCGAUCUUCACUUGCUGGAGAUUGGUCUUGCGCUAGGAUGA